AUGGAGCUCCUACCCGGGCUGCAAGAUGACGGGUCCAAACGUGGACGUCCACCAGGUCCUGCUGGCAUGAACUUUUACCGGCUCAAUGAACAUUGCAAUAGCACACAGUGGUGGACUGUGUGCAAGUUUUGUUACGCCGCCCAUGUAAGUGCUAAAACAACCGUUCCAUUUCCUACCCACAUCCGUGGGCGUAAAGAAAAUUGGGAGAAGCACUUGGACAAGUGCUUGUACUACGCUCGCGUUACGGGAAAGCCGGCCCAACGUGAUGAAAAUCGAGCUGAAGCUGGUGAACACGGGCAAGCCUACAAACACCAACGUACUUCACCCCCGGCAUUCACACCUGUUGAACUAAUGAAUUUUUGGCGUCUACUACUCGAAUUUCAGGCGGAAGCGCUGCUUCCAGACUCUUUCGUGCAGCUUUGUUCAUUCCGGCGCUUGCUGGGUUUUUUGAAUGCUCGCUGUGGGCUUCCAGGCGCCGUGCCAAAUCGCCACAUUCUUGGCGGACGUAUUCUGGACGAGUAUGCAGAGCAACAUCUAAUUGAGCAACGCAACGACGUUAGAGCUGUCCAAGAUCGGAGUGGUGGGAGAGUAAACUUUCUUUCAGAUGUGUGGGAAACGAUAGCGAAGCAGCAUGUACUGGGCUGCAUGGUCACGCAUGCAUCAACGCCAGCCGUCAAGUCGACCCUCGAAGGAGAAGACUGUACUGAUGCAGGGCCAACUUUGGCACUGACGAAUCCCAACUACUGCGGGCCAGUGCGGUGUGUGUGUCUCCAGUAG